UUCAAUAUCUGUUUAGCGUUAUUUGAGAAUAUAGGGCGAUGAAUGCACAAAGCUGGGUGCGUAAGUUAUCUCUAGAGAAGAAGAAAGUCCCAGAAAAUGCUGAUUUGAAAGAAAAGAUUGUUACAAUGGAUUGCUCUGCUAAAGCUGCGAUUCAGGAUGUCUGGAGAUGUGAUGGCACAAUAGAAAACUUACAGACAAUUCAUGAAAAUGCUCGUAGAAAAAUUAAUGAGCUUCGUGCUGCUAUUCAAGAUUUUGAAACAGCUGCACAGGAAGCUGAUGAUGUGAAACAAAAAUUAGAAAUGGAAGAGUCGGUCAAAUUUUUUAAGGAACAAAUUCAGAACACAAAUUCUACGUUGCGCAAAGCAUAUUUGACUAAAAAGAUUGCUCUCGAUGAGGAGUCGAAAAUGUUACUUCUUGGUGGUGCUAAAAACUCAGAAGUUCGUCGUCGUCAAGCAUCUGCUGCAAAUCAAGAAAACCUUGCACGAACUGCGAACGAUGUAACACAAAGUCUGUUGAGCAUAAGUCGGGUCAUGAGUGGCAGCGUGCAACAGAGUGCUGACUCAUUGAAUACGUUAGUCAGGUCGUCUGGUUCUUUAAAACAGACCGAUGAAGAAUUGAAAGACCAGUCUGGCGUUAUCCAGACCAGUCAUAGGUUAUUGACUAAAUAUAAUAGGCGAGAAUGCACUGAUAAAUUUUUAAUAUUUCUUGCAUUGGCUUUCUUUUUCAGUACAGUGCUAUAUAUUUUGAAAAAGCGUUUGUGGCCUGUGUAAUAAUUAACCCUAUAAAAUUUUACUAAUAAAGAAUGAUAUUGUUGUUAAAUUCAAAUAUAUUUAAUUUAUUAGAAAUCAUUAUACUUAGUAUUAGUAACAGUUAUUCUAGAUAUCAGUGCUUCGUUUUCUAGAAUUUCAUUUCUCGCUGUCUGGAUAUUUUCCUGACUGUGUUUAACUUGAUUUAUUCUGUUGUAGGUUAAAAAUGGUUAAUAAUGUGCAAUAAUCCGUCAAGAAUCUUUGAUAUAAUUUUUUUGUGGUAUUGAGUAUUAAUACUGAUCUAAAAAUAAUUCGGCAACAAAUGUUCUAGGUUGAUGUCACUGAUGCACGAACAAUGCAGGGUGAAAAAAAGAUUCUACAUGUUCAUGUUAAGGAAUAUUAUAAAUUCAAUUUAAUAGUUCAGUACUCCAACCUAAUUCUAGCUGAUGACAUAAAUUUCUGGCGAAUUGAAAAAAGAUUUCUAUGGUUCAGCACUUAGGACUUGACAGUUACUGUUUAUUUCGGAAUUAUGUAUAAUCUAUUCAAUGUUUACACAAUAUUGGUGUUGUCAUGUGUAUCUUUGUCUGUCAUCUGUAAAAUUUUGGUAUUGGUUGUUGCGGAUAAUGUGGGAAAAAGAAAUAGGUUUUGACACAGAAAUUUGAUCCCUAAUUGGAUGAAAUUUAGUUGUGCAGGGAUUGAAUAUUUUAUUAUGCCAUAUAUUGUCUGUGUUUA